AUGUACCAACAGCAGCAGGGCGCGGCAUACGCUGUCGAUGGCGCAGCGAAGCUGAAGGGUCCGGGCAUGUGCACUGGCGGCGGCGCCGGUGCUAUGAACGCCAGCUUUGGCGGCGGUGCCUACUGCAGCGGCUACAACGGUGCCGCUGCGUUUGACGGUGGCCGAAUGUACGGCGCUGGUCAGAGCAGCAUGUAUGGCAGUGGCAGCAUGUACGGCCAGCCCGGUCCAGGGUCGAUGAUGGGUGAUAUGAAUGGGGAGAUCAUUGUCACGAAGCUCUUCUCCAGCCGGCGAGACCUCGACCGCCUUGCCUCUGCGCAGGACUUCUCACGUCGAUUUGACUCCAACUGGGGAAGUUACUGCCUUGCCGGCGCGAACGGCUACGGCGUGAACAGCGCGGCUGGCGGUUCCCUCAUAGACCUCAGUGAGAGGCUUAGCGGAUCAUCCAUGAACAACUGCGGAAUGGGGGCCAUUGGCAUGGGUCCGGACGGCACCGACGGCCGCGGCGUCGACAAGAAGAUGGCGUCAGCGGAGGAGAAGUCCACCGUGCAGAAGGAGGCAGCAGGUGAGCGGGGCAAGUUCUCUCUCAACCGCCGACAAAGUGGCGUGGCGACGACGGAUGCGUCUAAGCCGUCUUCCAAGCCGAUGCAAAGCGCAAUGAAGCCGAACAGCACUGCGGAUCAAAACGGCAGUGUGCAGCCCGCCUCAAGCCAGUCGGCAACCGAAGCAAUUGCCAAGAGCGAUGAGAGCAAAGACACGUCCGUCGGUCCGGCUGACAAGAAGCCCAAGCUCAGCACGCAGCAGGCGACCGAAAGGAAACCGCUGCCGGCGAGUACCAAUGUCCGCGGCAUGGCGGCUCCACAGAUGGCGAAAGAGUGUGCAGGUGCAGGUGCGAAGAGAAUCAGUGCGCGGGAAACGAAGCCGCACACCGCUGAGCCAAUUGAUGAUAUUCCACUCCUGGUCGAGGACGUUCGACCGAAGCUGAAUACGGCUGACCCCAAGGCGGAGCCGGAGCGACCGACGCCGAAGCAGGCGCCGGCCACCUCGAAGGCGCCGACGUCAACGCCGGCUGAGGUGCCAAACGAGGCUCUCGAGGCCGCCCAUGCCGUGGAUGUCGGCUCGGCUACCAUCGGAGCAAAAAGCUCCACCGCUAACGGCGAGGGCCGCCACGCACGCCCACGCAGCCGCCCGCCAACGCGUCCCGUCAGUCGUCUCACUUCGAUGAGUGUUGUGGACUUUCCAGAGGCGGAGGAGGUGAAUGAUGAGAUGGUUCACGGCGGCCUCCACGACCCGGAGAAGGAAGCAAAAGAGGCGGCUUUCCGUGCCGAGGAGCGCCGCGAGCGUGAGGCCGCCGCCCGUGCGGCGCGCGAUGAGCGCCAGCGUCAGCGCCAACUGAUAGAAGAUGCGCAGAAACAGCGCGAGGAAGAGGCGCGGAGAAGGCGGCAGCAGAAGGAGGAGGAGGCGCGCAAGCGGAAGGAUACGCUGGCGAAGAUGGACGAGGCGCAAAAGCGCGAGCGAGACGCCGCCAUAUCCGCGCGCGGGCGCCAGCACGAAGAAGAGAAGCGCCGCUUUGAGGAUAUGAAGCGCGCCGAGGAUGAGAAAGAGGCUUCCCGUGCCGCUGCCCUGAUAGCCGAGCGACAGAGCCACUCUGAAGCGCAGAAGGAGGCGCAGAAGCCGGCGCGCAGCGCUUCACGCCAGUCCAGUCGACGCCCUAACAGUCGCCCUGCCUCGCGGCUGCGUGGUGCAAUCCCUGAGCAGCCACCGGAUUUGGUGGCUGGGCAGAUGAAGGACACACUAGUGGACGAGGCGCUGGGCAAGCCGAUGCACCCCUACAACGAGGGUCGUGAUUCUCAUGCCUCGCAAGCGCAACAUCCGGCCCACACCAGUCGCAAGGCAGAGCCUCUGGCGGAGAGGCGGUGCGUAUCUGUGUCGCCGGGGGAUACGAAGCGCGCGCCACCGACCCCGCCCAGAAUCCGGACAGAAGAUGCCGCUCGAUCGCAGCGCUCUCAGUCGCCGCCGCCGAAUGUGGCCCUCCAUCCGGAGCAGCCGCAGAAACAGUCGACAGCGGCAGACGUAGUGGUGGGAGAGGUGCCAAGCAACGACGCCUCGCCUGCAUCACCAAGCUCGAACCUGACACCGCAGUCGCAGCUGUCCAAGAACUCGCGUCACUCUCAGCCGAAGGAGGAUAAGUCGUCAUUGUCAGCGAGCAAGAGCGGCGCCACACGCCACGCAAACAUGGUCAAGACACUGGUGCUCGUGGAGGAAGUGCGAGACAGCAACCACGCCUUGACAGUGACAGACAACUCUGUCAGCUACAAAGGGCAGACCAUUGAGGUGACAGAAGUGAAGACGCGCCAAGAGGACAAUUUCAACUACCACUCCAGCGUCGUCCACGACGUCCGCGAGGCGGUGUGCAGUGGCUACAAUGCGGCGGUGCUCGCUGUGGAUGCUCCAAACACCGCCGGCCGCUUCGACUCACCUGUCUGGUCUAUCCUCAACCGCAUUGUCCGCACACUACUGCACGAGAACAGCAACGGCGCCGGUGAGCUGCGCCCCGACUUUGAGCUGACGUGCGCCAUGGGGUACCUCUUCAAGGACAAGGUGAAGGACCUGCUGCCAGGCACGGGGCUGGAGGCGCCCUUCACAAAGAUCGGCGUGAACCCGUCGCCCAUCUACGGUCCGCGUCUGACAAACCUUACCUACGAGGCCGUCACCGACUCCGCCGCGUUCGAGGAUGUCCUCACCACUACGCUCUCGCGUGCCUCAGAGGACGCGACGGUGCAGAGUCUGGCGGAGGGUGUCGUGGCCGCCUUUGUGCUCAUCAUGCAGACCCGCGAGACCGACGGCAAGCCGGACGUCUAUCUUUCAUCCCUCGUAGUGGCCACAGCCGGUGCCGACACCUUUCCAUACCAGUCUGCCAUCUCACACACUCGCAACGAGUACGCGACGGUGUUCCACCUGGUCCUCGGUGGUCCCAGCUGUACGUGCUUCAUGCUGAACAUCGCUGACGACGACGAUGCCACCCGCAAGCCAGGUGAGUCAGAGGGCUCUGUGCAGGAGGGGAUUGAGCGUGUGCUAGCACUGCUGCAGAGCAUGGCCACGCUGCAGAACUACGACUUGCGCAGCGGCUCCGUGAAGCGCUUCAUUAAGUACGUUGAGUUGUCCCGCACAAACGCGCAGGCGCGGCUAGAAAAGGAAGAGGAUGAAGUGCAGUGCCGCAAGGUGGAGCGCUACCUCCGUGAGCAGGAGCGUCUUCUGCAGGACGCCUACCGCCUGCUGCAAGAUGCGAACAUCAGCUGUGGCGAGGGUGCCUAA